GUAAGAUAUUAGGUGGCUUAGAAAAUUGAACUAUAAGCAUCUCUAACACCUAGUUAGUACAUAUCAUAAUGAUUAAUUAGAAUUUAAUUAUAAUAUUAUAUCACCCAAUUUCCAAACUGGCCGGAGCUCAACGUGUUGCUUAUCUCUGUCUCUUUCUCUGUUUCUCUCUGCUUCUUGUUCCUUUUCCAAAUGACCUCUCCACCCCUCCGCCGCCGCCAUGUCCUCACCGGCUUCCUUAUCCAUUCCAUUCUUCUCUCCCACAUCUCUCUCGCCGCCGCCCAAUCCGGAGGACCCACUGUUCCCAGUCCGCCGGACAUGUACUCUUUCAAACAGACAAUCAGCAAACGAAUGGCUGUCGUUUUGAUUGUUCUCGUUUGCUUCUUCAUCGUUCUUGCCCUCCUCUCUGUUUACACCCGCCAGUGCAACGAUCAACGUUUCGCCGGCCACCUUCUCCUCCCCACAGCCGCGGAAGGAAUCAACGGCCGACCCAGAAGGGCGGCGCGUGGUCUCGAUGCGGCUGUUAUAGCUUCUUUCCCAACCUUCGUGUACUCCAACGUUAAGGGUCUCAAAAUUGGGAAAGGCGCAUUGGAAUGCGCCGUUUGUUUAUCCGAAUUCGAAGACGAUGAUACGCUGCGUUUGUUGCCGAAAUGUAGCCAUGUCUUCCACUCCGAUUGCAUCGACGCUUGGUUGGUGUCUCACUCUACCUGCCCCGUUUGCCGCGCUAGCCUCGUCCCCAAACCCGGCGACAUCUCCUUUGCUGCUCUGCUCGAUUCCGAUUCGAGAAUCCACGGCGAUGACGGAAAUCGAGUGGCCGGAUUGGAAAAUUGUCAGGUGGGUAUACGAAUUCCGGAGGGGAAUCCCCCAAAUCAGGGAUUGAAUCAGAACGGUCCAAUUGGGUCGCGAUCGACGGGAUGGAGAUUGACCGGACUCUUCCCUCGAUCCCACUCGACGGGACACUCGCUGGUUCAAAUAGGGGCGGAUUACGAGAGGUUUACGUUGAGAUUGCCAACGGAGGUGAGAAGUGAGCUGUUGAAUUCGAAUUUGAAUCGGGCGAGGAGCUGCGUGGCGUUGCCGAGGGUGCAGAGUUCGAGACAGGGGUAUCGUAGUGAAUUGGGGAAAAAUGGGUUUUUGGGCAAUCGAAGCCGCAGUGGGCGGUCGGAGUGGUGGACAUUUUUUCCGGCGACGCCGUUGUUCAGAAGGGAGGGUUAUAGAAAUGAUGCGAAUGUGAAUGGGAAUGGAGACGGCGGUGGACGGCCGUUUGUACGAUUGCGUGAUGAUACAGAUGGUCAAAGUCAACAAUAACGUAGACGGCUGUUGGUUUCUGGACAUUUGGGCCGAUGUGGGCUUUUGUGUGAUUUUCUUAAAUUUAAUUUUAUAUAUAUAAAAAAAAAAGAAAAUUCGAAUUUUUAUGGGAAGAAGGGUAUACGGUCAAAAGUGAUUAGUUGUGGCGCGUGGGACACACGCGUAUAGAGAAUUAA